UCAUUUUCCUAUAUCAUACUUUUUUUUCUACGUAGAGAAAUGGCUUGCGAGACUAAAACAUGGUUUGGUUUGUAUCUUGUUUUCUUGGCUGCAUGCAACAUGCAGCAUUGUGUUGGUUCAUCUCAAGUGCCUUGCCUAUUCAUAUUUGGAGACUCCUUCUCUGACAGUGGAAACAACAACUAUAUUAAAACCACUGCAAAGGCCAAUUACUUGCCAUUCGGUAUCGACUUUCCAACAGGACCAACUGGAAGAGCUACCAAUGGAAGAACCAAAGUUGACAUAAUUGGCGAACUACUUGGAUUUAAAAAAUUCAUCCCACCUUUUGCAAAUACUACUGGCUAUGAUAUUCUCAAAGGUGUUAACUAUGCAUCUAGUUCGGCUGGAAUUCGUUACGAAACAGGAAAAAGAACAGCGAUUAAUAAUAUCGCAUUGGGAUUACAGUUACAAAAUCACAUAAUCACAGUGUCCAGAAUUGUUGCCAAGCUUGGCGGUUUGCGACAAGCCCAAAAUCAUUUGUCAAAGUGCUUGUAUUAUGUAUAUAUAGGCACCAAUGAUUACGCACUAAAUUAUUUUCAACCCGAUCUCUAUCCAACAAGUAGCAUCUAUAACCCUGAACAAUAUGCUCAAGCUCUUAUCGUCGAAUUAUCCUUUUAUCUACAGGUUUUGCAUAAGACUUGGGCAAGUAAACUCGUGCUAGUUGGGUUGGAUAACAUAGGUUGUGCUCCGCUUGAGAUUGCUAAUGAGGGGAAACUUAAUGGAUCAUGUGUUGAAGAACAGAAUGCUGCUGCAUUAAUAUUUAGUCAAAAGCUUAGAUCUGUUGUGGAUGAAUUCAAUGCCUUGCGAAUUUUUUCCAAAACUAUCUUCAUAAAUACCACUGCAAUCACCCUAGACAGCUCAGUUGGUUUUACUGUUACAAAUGCUUCAUGUUGUCCGACGAAGGAUAAUGGAUUUUGUUUUCCUGAUUCAAUACCAUGCACCGAUAGGAAUGAAUAUGUUUAUUUUGAUGGAAUUCACCCCACAGAAGCCGUGAACAACCUUGUUGCAUUAGCUUCGUAUGAUAGCAGUUCUUAUCCAGAUGUGACUUAUCCAAUGGAUAUCAACAAACUUGCUCAGUUCAUUUAUGAAAAGGAGACUUAGUUUGAAUUGUAUCUUUAUAUAAUUUCGUGUGUGAACAAUAAGCAGUCGUGUUUCUUUUCAGUCAAUAAGCAAUCAUAUUGCCUAAAAAAGAUUAGGGAUGAUGUCCUAGUCCUUAAUGUUGUCUUGAUGGAGUGUUUUGAUGUUGGAAUUGUUUCCCUUUCAUUGUAAUAUUGUUUGUAUCUUUAAUAGAUUCAAGUCUCAUUGGGUUCAAAUUUAUUUUGUUUUAUCAUAAUUGAAAAAA